GUUGGAUUCUAAUUCUAACAUCUAAUAAUUCUGACAUGUUACAAUUCCUAAAAACUCUUGUUAAAGGCUCCUCUUAAUAUUUCGUCCAAUAUAAAAUGUUUUUAACACAACGGCCUCAUAUUUUAUUAAUUCUAUUUUUAGACGGUAGGCCGACUAUUUAAAAUCGCAUACCUGAGUAAAAGUUGUACCAUUUCGAUUUUAGCAUCAAAUAUUAUAUAAUAAAAUAUAAACGUUUCUUUUCUUUGAAUAAAAGCUAGCGGACUGUGCUUAAUAUACUAUUGAAAAUUUACCUUUACUCGUCUUAACUGUUCAAGAAUAUUUUAGAAUCAUUCUUGUUUUUGUGGCCGUGGAUUGCUCGAGUAAUGCUAGGUUGAUCUGUAGUUUCGUUAACUAGUUUGGCGUGUUACUUUUUAGUCAAGGCCGUUCAUUCCAUACACAUUCAUAUCUACACAGGAUCCAUUCACAUAACGUGCAUUUCACUCAACAUGUUAACAUUGAAUUAUUAUGAUUACAGUACGUCGAAAUGUAAAGCAUUUAGUGCACGAUACACGUGCAAAGUCAAAAUAGUCAUCAUCGCACACAACGUGUCAAUUAGAGAAUAAGCCUCUUUGAAACUUGAACGUGUAGAUCAGCAGACUAAAGGUGUCCUCCUAAGAGUUGGAACUUGGCAACGAGUGCAUAGGAGUAUGGCAAAGUGCACAGUUUUGUCACCAAUACAUUUUGUGACCAUAGUCAAGCGCCGACUUGCUACGAAAAAUAGGCAAAAAGCAGCGGCACUUCGGGCCUAUGAAAAACAGUGUGAAAUAAUCCAACAAGUCAAUGAGACGGAAAGUACGAUCUCAGGGAUGGCUAAAUCACAAGCUGAUCUCUGCGCCACAAAAAGCUUCGAUAAUUCGGAGAAUGCUUUUAUUGAGAACGUGGAAGAGGCAAGUUGCGAUGGUCCACGUUGUGGCCUCCCAACGACUACAUCUCACUCAACUAUAACAUCUGUGUACCGUCGAAAUCGCAGAAGGCCUUCUUCAGGUUUUUUAUUCAACUGUCGCUUUCGUACGCUACCGAUGUGCCGGAGAAACCUUAAAAACAGUUUCUGGCCUAGCCGAAAGCGUGGAGUCUGUGCCAGGUCCAACAAUAAUAGCUUCGCAAAGAAGAAAGAACGAACGCUCAAAAGAGUGACCCUGCUCGUUACGCUUCUCCCGCUAUUACAAGAAACAUUAUCUCUCUUCGAUGAUCUUUACUGUACUGCCAUCAAUUGUGCCAGCAAAGUAGAGACUGUGAUAUCAUCGAUGACUAACUGUAUUCCUAGCCAUAUUGCGUUCAUGCUCACCGUUGUGGCGAUUAUUAAGUUCGAAGUGGUAUUAGAAUACCUGUUCUGUGGAUCGAUUCUUGCCUUGUGGCUACACCCCCCACGAAUCUUCGGUACCCCUUGCCAUCUGCGUCGUUUGCCGGCCAUUUCUGCUAGGAUGUGCCAGGUCUUCCAAGGAUCUGUCCGUGGCGCUAUGAUAUUUCUUAGUCUUUUGUCCUUUCACGGAGGCGUUUCGUCAUUGGUAAUAUGGGCAACUUUUGUAAUAGUGUGCAGUGCUGUCCAAGUUGUUGGAUUUUCGUGGACCAUGAAAUUGGCUUGUGCAGGCAUUCUUAUUCUUUACAAUCGAAGGACCGAUUGGUGUCGCCAGUUUAGCCUUCAUUGUGUUCAAGCCCUGCAGAGGGUGCCUGGGAUAGAAUUCUAUAGGACUAAAAUCGCAAGCUAACAUAUUUUAGAUCCAAAAAUGCUCAAUCAAAAUAAAAUAGCUUUAAUUUGACCGUAAACGUUAUGCCAUUAAAAGCCUAUUCUUCUAGGAUCUAUGAGAAUCGUGGCUGCGUAAUGCCUAGUACCUGGACGAAUGAAGCAUACUGUUUAAACGUGAAACUUAUAUCAGGAUGAAAUUCCAGUUUUGAACUAUAGUCUGAAAUAUUAUAAAAAUGACUGUGUUUACACACGUUUCGAGAAAUA